GUUUAUGGAGGGGAAGCGGAAAGCAGUGGGGGGAAGGCCAAAGGCGGGCUCAGGAAGCUGUUAGCUGGGGUUUGAACAGUGUUAGCAGCAGCAGCAACACAACACACUGCAGAGUGUGCAUGAGGACUGACACAGCCUGAACUGGGCCUUAACCAAGUGAGAUUUCGAAGAGAUUUACCUCGCCAACUCCAAACCCACAAUGUCGUCAACAUCACAGAAACACAAGGAGUUUGUGGCAGAGCCUAUGGGCGAGAAGUCCGUGAUGGCACUUGCUGGAAUUGGUGAAGUGCUUGGCAAGCGAUUGGAAGAAAAGGGAUUUGAUAAAGCAUAUGUUGUUCUGGGUCAGUUCCUAGUGUUGAAAAAGGACGAGGAGCUGUUCCGGGACUGGUUAAAAGAUACAUGUGGGGCCAAUGUAAAACAGCAAGGCGACUGCUACGGCUGUCUGCGAGAAUGGUGUGACUCCUUCCUGUAAUUAGCAUUUGUGUUUUCAUUUUUUAGUUAUCUGGUUUUCUUUCUCUUUUUUUUUUUUUUUUUUCUUCUUGGCCCUCAUUCUCACUGUUUAUGUAUCAGGCAUGUUUCAAUCUUGUGUCCAUUUAAACAAGUCACUGAUGUAUCAGUAAGUCCAGCCUCACGUUAGUACUACAAUUCAGCAUUUGCUUUGGCUACAGCUUCUGUAAACCACCGCUUUUAUUGUUUUUUUAAUUUUUGGUCAGUUACACCAAAUCCACUUGCCAAAUGCUGUUUGACUCAAAGGCUCUAGAUGUUUUAUCUUGGUCUGGAGUGCUUCUGGACUACUGGCUGACACUGUCCCUUGUCUGUCACCUUCUUGAUGGUAUUUCUAAGUGACUGUGUUCAAGCAAUUCAUGAGUUAAAAAAAAACAAAGUAUGAAAGUAUUUUCAUCUGUAUAUGUUUAAGAGUUUUAACUAACAGUGAGUAAUUACUAUGUAGAAUUUUUUUAAAGAUUUGGAGGUAUGGUGAUGAACAGAGAAUGGUUGCUUUACAUUUUAUGUAACAGUGCUCAUUUCAGUAAAUAAAAAAAUGCCUUAAGAAAGAAAAUAUGUAUGAUUUUAAGAGUGCACAUUAAAUGGUUCCUGUUGAAGGAGAAA